UAGGUGCUUAAUGGACUUAAUCAUCGUUGAAGAAUAGCCUUAGACCAAAUCAGUGAUCUGCAACCUUCAAAACCCAUGGUAAAUGGGCAUUCGAAAAAAAUCGUCUAAUAUAUUACGAAAAUGCCAUCCCAAAAUAAAUUCGCCCAAAUCGAUGCUUAAAGGGCUUAAUCAUUGGCGAAGAAUAGGAUCGAUAGACUUCAUUAUAUGUGGAGAAUAGCCUCGGGUUGAAUCCGUGAUCUUUAUCCUCCAAAGUCGAAAGAAAAUGGCAUUUCGGAAAAAUCGCCCCUAAUCGGUGAUGGUAACCCUUUGGGAUGAGCCAAAAAUUGACCCGGAAGAUUUCCGCCCGAAUCGGUGCUUAAUGGACUUAAUCAUCGUUGAAGAAUAGCCUCAGACCGAAUCCGUGAUCUGUAGCUUUCAAAAUCCAUGGUAAAUGGCCUUUCGAAAAAAAUCGUCUAAAAUAUUACGAAAAUGCCAUCCCAAAAUAAAUUCGACCAAAUCGAUGCUUAAUGGGCUUAAUCAUUGGCGGAGAAUAGGAUCAAUAGACUUCAUUAUAUGUGUAGAAUAGCCUCUGGUUGAAUACAUCAUCUGUAGCCUCCAAAAUCGAAAGAAAAUGGCAUUUCGGAAAAAUCGCCAGAAAUCGGUGAUGGUACUCCUUUGGGAUCUGCCAAAAAAUGACCCGGAAGAUAUCCGCCCGAAUCGGUGCUUAAUGGACUUAAACAUCGUUGAAGAAUAGCCACAGACCGAAUCCGUGAUCAGUAGCCUUUAUAAUCCAUGGUAAAUGGGCUUUCCAAAAAAUUCGUCUAAAAUAUUACGAAAAUGCCAUCCCAAAAUAACUUCGCCCAAAUCGAUGCUUAAUGGGCUUAAUCAAUGGCGGAGAAGAGGAUCAAAUGACAUCAUUAUAUGUGGAGAAUAGACUCGGGUUGAAUCCGUGAUCUGUAGCCUCGAAAAUCGAAAGAAAAUGGCAUUUCGGAAAAAUCUCCCGAAAUCGGUGAUGGUACCCCUUUGGGAUCUGCCAAAAAUUGACCGGAAGAUAUCCGCCCGAAUCGGUGCUUAAUGGACUUAAUCAUCGUUGAAGAAUAGCCUCAGACCGAAUCCGUGAUUUGUAUCCUUCAAAAUCCAUGAUAAAUGGCAUUUCAAAAAAAAUCGUCUAAAAUAUUACGAAAAUGUCAUCCCAAAAUAAAUUCGCCCAAAUCGAUGCUUAAAGGGCUUAAUCAUUGGCGAAGAAUAGGAUCGAUGGACUUCAUAUGUGGAGAGUAGCCUCGGGCUGAAUCCGUGAUCUUUAUCCUCCAAAAUCGAAAGAAAAUGGCAUUUCGGAAAAAUCGCCCUAAAUCGGUGAUGGUAACCCUUUGGGAUCAGCCAAAAAUUGACCCGGAAGAUUUCCGCCCGAAUCGGUGCUUAAUGGACUUAAUCAUCGUUGAAGAAUAGCCUCAGACCGAAUCCGUGAUCUGUAGCUUUCAAAAUCCAUGGUAAAUGGCCUUUCGAAAAAAAUCGUCUAAAAUAUUACGAAAAUGCCAUCCCAAAAUAAAUUCGCCCAAAUCAUUGCUUAAUGGGCUUAAUCAUUGGCGGAGAAUAGGAUCAAUAGACUUCAUUAUAUGUGUAGAAUAGCCUCUGGUUGAAUACGUCAUCUGUAGCCUCCAAAAUCGAAAGAAAAUGGCAUUUCGGAAAAAUCGCUCGGAAUCGGUGAUGGUACUCCUUUGGUAUCUGCCAAAAAAUGACCCGGAAGAUAUCCGCCCGAAUCGGUGCUUAAUGGACUUAAACAUCGUUGAAGAAUAGCCUCAGACCGAAUCCGUGAUCUGUAGCCUUCAUAAUCCAUGGUAAAUGGGCUUUUGAAAAAGAUUGUCUAAAAUAUUACGAAAAUGCCAUCCCAAAAUAACUUCGCACAAAUCGAUGCUUAAUGGGCUUAAUCAUUGGCGGAGAAGAGGAUCAAAUGACUUCAUCAUAUGUGGAGAAUAGCCUCGGGUUGAAUCCGUGAUCUGUACCCUCCAAAAUCGAAAGAAAAUUGCAUUUCGGAAAAAUCACCCGAAAUCGGUGAUGGUACCCCUUUGGGAUUUGCCAAAAAUUGACCCGGAAGAUAUCCGCCCGAAUCGGUGCUUAAUGGACUUAAUCAUCGUUGAAGAAUAGCCUCAGACCGAAUCCGUGAUCUGUAUCCUUCUAAAUCCAUGGUAUGUGGCAUUUCGAAAAAAAAUCGUCUAAAAUAUUACGAAAAUGCCAUCCCAUAAUAAAUUCGCCCAAAUCGAUGUUUAAUGGGAUUAAUCACUGGCGAAGUAUAGGAUCAAUAGACUUCAUUAUAUGUGGAGAAUAGGCUCGGGUUGAAUCUGUGAUCUGUAGCCUCCAAAAUCGAAAGAAAAUGGCAUUUCGGAAAAAUCGUCAGAAAUCGGUGAUGGUACCCCUAUAAGAUCUGCCAAAAAUUGACCCGGAAGAUAUCCGCCCGAAUCGGUGCUUAAUGGACUUAAUCAUCGUUGAAGAAUAGCCUUAGACCGAAUCUGUGAUCUGUAGCCUACAAAAUCCAUGGUAAAUGAUCUUUCGAAAAAAAUCGUCUAAUAUAUUACGAAAAUGCCAUCCCAAAAUAAAUUCGCCCAAAUCUAUGCUUAAAGGAAUUAAUCAUUGGCGAAGAAUAGGAUCGAUAGACUCCAUUAUAUGUGGAGAAUAGCCUCGGGUUGAAUCCGUGAUCUUUAUCCUCUAAAAUCGAAAGAAAAUGGCAUUUCGGAAAAAUCGCCCGAAAUCGGUGAUGGUACCCCUUUGGGAUCUGUCAAAAAUUGACCCGAAAUAUAUCCGCCUGAAUCGGUGCUUAAUGGACUUAAUCAUCGUUGAAGAAUAGCCUCGGACCGAAUUCUUGAUCUGUAUCCUUCAAAAUCCCUUGUAAAUGGCAUUUCAAAAAAAAAAUCGUCUAAAAUAUUACGAAAAUGCCAUCCCAAAAUAAAUUCGCCCAAAUCGAUGCUUAAUGGGCUUAAUCACCGGCGGAGAAUUGGAUCAAUAGACUUCAUUAUAUGUAGAGAAUAGCCUCGAGUUGAAUCUGUGAUCUGUAGCGUCCAAAAUCGAAAGAAAAUGGCAUUUCCGAAAAAUCGUCUGAAAUCGGUGAUGGUGCCCCUUUAAGAUCUGCCAAAAAUUGACCCGGAAGAUAUCCGCCCGAAUCGGUGCUUAAUGGACUUAAUCGUCGUUGAAGAAUAGCCUUAGACCGAAUCAGUGAUCUGCAGCCUUCAAAAUCCAUGGUAAAUGGGCUUUCGAAAAAAAUCGUCUAAUAUAUUACGAAAAUGCCAUCCCAAAAUAAAUUCGCCCAAAUCAAUGCUUAAAGGGCUUAAUCAUUGGCGAAGAAUAGGAUCGAUAGACUUCAUUAUAUGUGGAGAAUAUCCUCGGGUUGAAUCCGUGAUCUUUAUCCUCCAAAAUCGAAAGAAAAUGGCAUUUCGGAAAAAUCGCCCGAAAUCGGUGAUGGCCCUUUGGGAUCUGCCAAAAAUUGACCCGGAAGAUAUCCGCUCGAAUCGGUGCUUAAUGGACUUAAUCAUCGUUGAAGAAUACCCUCAGACCGAAUCCGUGAUCUGUAUCCUUCUAAAUCCAUGGUAAAUGGCAUUGCGAAAAAAAAAUCGUCUCAAAUAUUACGAAAAUGCCAUCCCAAAUUAAAUUCGCCCAAAUCGAUGCUUAAUGGGAUUAAUCACUGGCGGAGAAUAGGAUCAAUAGACUUCAUUAUAUGUGGAGAAUAGCCUCGGGUUGAAUCCGUGAUCUUUAUCCUCCAAAAUCGAAAGAAAAUGGCAUUUCGAAAAAAUAGUCUGAAAUCGGUGAUGGUACCCCUUUAAGAUCUGCCAAAAAUUGUCCCAGAAGAUAUCCGCCCGAAUCGGUGCUUAAUGGACUUAAUCAUCGUUGAAUAAUAGCUUCAGACAGAAUUCGUGAUAUGUAUCCUUCAAAAUCCUUGGUAAAUGGCAUUUUGAAAAAAAAUCGUCUAAAAUAUUUCGAAAGGGCCAUCCCAAAAUAAAUUCGCCCAAAUCGAUGCUUAAUGGGCUUAAUCACCGGCGGAGAAUAGUAUCAAUGGACUUCAUUAUAUGUGGAGAAUAGCCUCGGGUUGAAUCCGUGAUCUGUAGCCUCCAAAAUCGAAAGAAAAUGGCAUUUUGGAAAAAUCGCCCGAAAUCGGUGAUGGUACCCCUUUGGGAUCUGCCAAAAAUUGACCCGGAAGAUAUCCGCCCGAAUCGGUGCUUAAUGGACUUAAUCAUCGUUGAAAAAUAGUCUCAGACCGAAUCUGUGAUCUGUAUCCUUCUAAAUCCAUGGUAAAUGGCAUUUCGGAAAAAAAAUCGUCUAAAAUAUUACGAAAAUGCCAUCGCAAAAUAAAUUCGCCCAAAUCGAUGCUUAAUGGGCUUAAUCAUUGGCGGAGAAUAUGAUCAAUAGACUUCAUUAUAUGUGGAGAAUAGCCUCGUGUUGAAUCCGUGAUCUGUAGCCUUCAAAAUGGAAAGAAAAUGGCAUUUCGGAAAAAUCGACCCAAAUCAGUGAUGGUACCCCUUUGGGAUCUGCCAAAAAUUGACCCAGAAGAUAUCUGUCAGAAUCUGUGCUUAAUGGACUUACACAUCAUUGAAGAAUAGCCUCAGACCGAAUCCUUGAUCUGUAGCCUUCAAAAUGCCUGGUAAAUGGCCUUUCGAAAAAAAUCUUCUAAAAUAUUACGAAAAUGCCAUCCAAAAAUAAAUUCACCCAAAUCGAUCUUUGAUCUGUAGCCUCCAAAAUCAACUUCAUUAUAUGUGGAGAAUAGCCUCGGGUUGAAUCCGUGAUCUGUAGCCUCCAAAAUCGAAAGAAAAUGGCAUUUCGGAAAAAUCGCCUGAAAUCGGGGAUGGUACAUCUUUGGGAUCUGCCAAAAAUUGACCCGGAAGAUAUCGGCCCAAAUCAGUGCUUAAUGGACUUAAUCAUCGUUGAAGAAUAGCCUCAGACCGAAUCCGUGAUCUGUAGCCUUCAAAAUCCAUGGUAAAUGUCCUUUCGAAAAAAAUUGUCCAAAAUUUUACGAAAAUGUCAUCCCAAAAUAAAUUCGCCCAAAUCGAUGCUUAAUGGGCUUAAUCAUUGGCGGAGAAUAGGAUCAAUAGACUUCAUUAUAUGUGGAUAAUAGCCACGGGUUGAAUCCGUGAUCUGUAGCCUCCAAAAUCGAAAGAAAAUAGCAUUUCCGAAAAAUCGCCCAAAAUCGGUGAUGGUAACCCUUCGGGAUCUGCCAAAAAUUGACCCCGAAGAUAUCUGCCCGAAUCGGUGCUUAAUGGACUUAAUCAUCGUUGAAGAAUAGCCUAAGACCGAAUCUGUGAUCUGUAGGCUUCAAAAUCCAUGGUAAAUGGCCUUUCGAAAAAAAUCGUCUAAAAUAUUACGAAAAUGCCAUCCAAAAAUAAAUUCGCCCAAAUCGA